AUGAUCCGUCAAGAAUUCUCAAGAGCUGACCCAAAGAGACGCACAGCCCUCGAUCCGAAGAAACGACAGUUUGCACCAGCGACUUUCCAGAAUGUCGAAUAUAAACACCGUUUGAAUUUCUAUGUCACUCCUCCAACCGCGGAUAUCACGCUCGAGCAGUUUGAGCAAUGGGCAAUCGACCGUCUGCGAGUUCUCGCGGAAAUCGAGGCGUGUUCAUUCAGAAAUAAAAAUCUUACAGAAACCGCGGCACAUAUGAAACCUCUUCUCGACAAAUACCUUCCAUUAACCUCAUCCACGUCGAACUCAGCGGCCACACAGAUUGAAAGACAGAAAGACCACUACAGCCAUUUUAUUCUUCGCCUCGCAUUUGCUUCGACUGAAGAUCUUCGUCGACGAUUCUCACGCGCUGAGACGACCCUGUUUCGCAUACGAUUUCAGGACAAUGAUUCGAGGGAGCGACAGAAGUUUGUUGAGGGCUUGAAUUUGGACUUGGAAAUUGUUAGUGAUGAGGAGAGGAGGGAAUAUGCAGAGGAAUUAAGGGCUGCAGGUGGUGGAUUCCCGAAACGAAUUGAGGAGGAGAGUUACUACAAGGUUGAUUGGGAGAAAGUGCCUGAAUUGAUCGAACACAGGAGGGUGUUCUUGAAGGGAGGUAAGGCUUACGUUCCUGGCAGAGAGCAGUUAUCUAUGGUUAUUGCAGAGUUUACCAAUAAAUUGGACAAGGCUCUGGAGACUACUUCCCGAGCACUCCCACGACUCGACGAAGACGACCGAUUAUCGCCGAUUCUCACCCAUCUCUCCCAGAACUUUACCACCCCAGACGCCAAUUACUCGUCCUCGAGCACGUCUCUACCUGGCGCUGACAUCUCCGCUCGAAACAUCGAUACCCUCUCAUCCUCCUUCCCACUCUGCAUGCAGAAUCUACAUCGUUCACUUCGGCGAGAUGCACAUUUGAAACAUUUCGGACGACUGCAGUACUCACUCUUCCUCAAAGGAAUCGGUCUCAACUUGGAAGAAUGUUUGGUCUUCUGGCGGGGUGCAUUCAAUAAAAUCACAGACGACACGUUUAACAAAGAAUAUCGAUACAACGUUCGCCACGUAUAUGGUGAUGUUGGCGGUGAUUCGAAUCGGCGAGGUAACGGAUACAGUCCAUUUUCGUGUCAGAAGAUCCUUACAGAACAUCCGCCUGGACCGGGUGAAGCACACGGUUGUCCGUACAGGCAUUUUAGCAUCGAUAACUUGACCGCUUUAUUGCAGCAAGUUGGUGUCAAAGAUCACGAGGUGUUGAAGGGUGUCAAGGAGGACAAGGAAAAACAGAAAUUCCAUCUAGCAUGUAACCGUGUCUUUGAAUAUGCUCACAAGCAGGAAAUCAAGAAAGUUCGAGAUGAUGGAACGUGGGGUGCAGCACAAUUAGAGACAAUUGUACAUCCAAAUGAGUAUUUCAAGAGGAGCUAUCUACUGAAGAACCUUGGGAAGAACCCCACAGAUGGUGGAGGAGAUGUAAAGAUGGAAGAUUAA